GAAACGACGAUAGCCGUAGCGACGGCUGAUGUAAUGGUGUAUGAUGAUAGCAGUAAGAGGUGGAGGUCUCCGGAUGGGUGUGCUGAGACUUGUAGGUCACAGGACAGAGAAUGGAUUCUGAAUUGUAAUAUUUAUGAAAGGUUGAAGUAUAACGCAGCCACACCGACAUUCCAUCAAUGGAGAGACGAAAAACGAAAGGUGUAUGGGUUAAGUUUUAUGGCAGAAGAUGACGCUCGUUUGUUUGUGAAUGUGAUGGCACAGGCAAUGGCGAUGUUAUCAUCAGCGAACAACGAUUAUCAGAAUGGCUCGGAGUUAGGUCUGUCGAACGGAAUAUAUCACGAACCACAACUGCACCAUAAUGCCCAUAGUGCGCCAUCAUUCCGAGACGCGGAUCAAGAUAGUAUUUGUUCCACUGCCACUACUGCUACACUCACUGCGAAUAAUUAUAGGAAGUCAUCGCAAUCUAUUCAAAGCUCGUCAUCGAGUGGAGCAGCUCUGCUAUGCAGUGCUCAACGACGUGCCUCGCAAGGAUCAUCGACCUCAUCAGGCUCAUCCAACACAACAACAAAUACAAUCUAUGCCACCACUGCUCAUAACACUCCUGCUACCACAUCCCACAUGAACAGUCCGUCGCGAAUACCUCCGGCUCCUCCACCACCCCCACCCCUCUCUCAACUAACCACUGGUGGUUCAUCAUCGACAAAUAGUCAAUAUUUACCUCAUCACGCUCAAACCCACUCACUGCCUAAUAAUACAAUUAACACCAGCAAUAGUAAUUUGGCAAACGGAGCAAUUCCCCAAGCACCUCCGUUGCCACCUGGAGGAAUUGUUGUUGGUGAUUUGUACGAUGUUUCAGCAGCGAUUAGUACGAACGCCCCACCAGCCCCACCACCACCCCCGCUUUCAACGUUGUCAACUUCGAAAGGAGGUGGUAAUUCAAUAGCUGAACAAAUCAAACGGGUUCAGUUGAGAAAGACAAGUGCCCCAGCGAUCAGCGCUAAUGGUGCACAGCAACAGAAUAGCUGUACUGCAGGUGUGAUGUUUAAUCAUUGUGAUGGAACGAACAAAGCGUCGAUGCGACAUGCAGCAUGGGAGAAGCCACUGGCGAGUGUGACAGCAAUGAAUGGAAGUAACACAGCUGCUUCUGUGCUCGAUUCACCCAAAAAUCAUCGCAAUAUCGGUAGGGCACCGAGCGGCUCAUCGAUAUCGAGUCAAGAUGAACAACAGCCAUCCAGAAAUACAGCAGUGAUCACAAAUGGUAUUGCAACAUCGAACGAGUCAUUGCUCGAGAAAAUCAAAUUGGAAAUUUUGAGUGAAAUGCGAAUGGAGAUCGAGAAAGCAAAGUGCGAGAUCAUUCAAGCGUUACGUACCGAGCUGCAGCAGAAAAGGUAA